CGCCCGGAGGGUAAAAAACCUACCGAGGUGAUGUGUGCGGAAGAGAAACCCAAAAAUGCAUUGCUCGAUUAGACGCGGAUGCGCUGGAGUAACUUAACGCUGCCAAGAUAAAUAGAGGACCUCCGAGAGGAGAGACCGGGCAAUAAAAAUCCAUCUCUACACGGCUCAACAAUGGACGCCAAUAUGAUGCUUGAUUUCGCCAACUUCAGCACUCUGUUCGUGUGCAUGGUGCUGAAGUUUCCGCAGAUAUUCGUACUAAUGCAGGCGAAAUCGACCAGGGGCGUCAGCCUGAAGAGUCUUCUGUUAGAGCUAAUCGGGUUCAUCGUGUUCAUUACCUACCAGAUGUACUACGACUACCCACCCCCCACCUACCUGGAGUACCCCAUUCUGAUCGCUCAGGACGCCAUUCUGCUGCUGAUGAUCCUCCACUACAACGGGAACCUGCGGCAGAGCUUGACCCAGCUGACCAGGUUUGUAGGCGGCUGGCAGCUUCUCACCCUGCAGAAGUGGAUCAUUGACCUGGCCAUGAGCCUGUGUACUCUCAUCAGUGCCGCCAGUAAGUUCGCUCAGCUGCAGUGUAUGUGGCAGGCCAAGGAUUCGGGCCAGGUCAGCGCCCUGUCCUGGGGCAUGGCCACCUACACCUGCCUGGCCAGGAUUUUCACCACAGUCAUGAUGACAGGAGACAUGCAAGUUCUGGUGAGGUUCAUCGUCAUGGCGAUACUGAACGGGUGGGUGACGGCGGUGGUGCUGCACUACAGGCGGAAAGGAAGCAAGCAGGACUGAGCGUCGGGCCCGUCGCCAUGGAGACUCCUGCGCUUCCUGCGUCUCACCGGGCCUCCUGGUGAUCCUCAGAGGUGACCAGCCGCCACAAUGCCCUCGCGCGAGAACCGCAGUGCACUAUGGGAGUGAACCACGUUAAGAGGAAGCAGCUGACCGUACCGUACUGUAUCUGCCACGUUGCAUCUACUGCACAGAUGCAGAAGACAAGUAUGCAGUGGCACAAACCCCCCAAACCUUUUAAGUGUACUUACCUCAGCUCCCUGUCUGUGUUACACACCACCACUUCAUCCUACACAUUCCAGAAUUACACUCAUUUCAUUCCUGUCCCAGAACUGUGCUUCUCUGUUUCAUUCCCAUCCCAGAACUCUGCUCCACUUUUACAUUCCAGUCUCAGAACUCUGCUCCACCGUUUCAUUCCUGUCUCAGAAUGGAUUUAAUUUCAGUUUCUGAAACAUGCUUCCUGCCAUUAAGAACCCCCCACCCCCCCCCACAGUGAGGAGGGGGGGUCCGUAAUGGGAGCAUAGUGUAAAGAUGUGUCUCUAAUCCCAACCGUGUUGGUUCUGUGAUUGUGUUAUAUGAGUCAAUAAAAAAACCCAAAUCUG